AUCACAGGCGUUGUCCUUUCUGCCACCACAGGACAGAUGAUUGCAGGCUGAGAUUCUACAUAAUGUCCAGAAAAUGCACAGACCCUAGGCGCAGCCAGGGACUCCACACGUGACUUAACAUUCUGCAACGAUUUUCUGGCACAUCAAGACUUGCUGUGCCGCCCAACAUGCGUGCUUGGCGUCUUUCACCUCAUUUAUUCCUCAGACCACCACCUUUUCUUCCUCAAGGCGCUAUGGUUUGUUUUUGAUGCAUUUCGUAGCCUUGUUAUCUGGUCUUUGAGACCCUACCCUUUUGCUCCGCAAGACAUUCGCUUCCCAUACGAAAUACUUGCAACAGUACGGCUAAGAUGCUAUUAGUUCGAAGGUUUGCCAAACCUUUUUAUCAGCUGGCCGUCUUGAGCUGCAUCCUGCUCUUUGCCACCACCUAUCUUCUAUUCUCCGAGACGUUGGACCUUGAUGUCAUUUACCAUUAUUCGAAGAAGUCUGCAGUAGACGAAUAUCUCUCUUUACUCGAGCCGUCUCGUUUACGAUGGCAUCCAAUCGAUCAUCUGAUACACGACGCCAACACGACAUUCCACAGCAUCCUGCAGUCCCGUUCCACAAGUCUGGCAGACGCUGCGGCGCAAUAUCGAUCUCGACGGGGCCGACACCCGCCACCGGGUUUUGAUAAGUGGUUCGAAUAUGCACAAAGCCACGGUGCGGUUAUCGUGGAGGAAUUCUUUGAUCGCAUCGAGCAUGAUAUCCGACCAUUCUGGGCGCUGAAUGCCACCGUCUUAGCCACGCGCGCCGCUGGCUGGCACCAUCGUGUGCGCGUACGAAAUGGCAAGACAACUAUGAUGGGCGAUGUUACAAACAAGGUGCCAUGGCUGGAAUUAUGGAUGAAACUAGUGAGAAAAGCAGGAAAGUGGCUACCCGACGUGGAUAUGCCCAUCAAUUACAUGGACGAGUCCAGGCUCCUUGUGCCGUUCGAAGUGGUGGCUCAGCUGGUGGAAGAGGCGGACAAGAAGAGGCGAAUCACGCCAGUUGAAACGACGAAGGCGACGUACCACUGGCCAGUCGGUGUCGACAUGGAAGAUCCCAAAGCAUAUGAUCCAGACUGGGUGCGGAAUCCAUAUUGGGAUUUGUCCCGAAUGGCCUGCCCUCCCGAAUCGCCCGCGCGGAACAUCUCAGCCAUCACCGACUUCUCCGGCCCCCCGACCUUUCCCGAUCACUGGCAACCGUCUUACACGCAGAAUGGCUACGUCAAGAACUUCACCGCUGCCUCUGAUCCGUGUAUCCAGCCGCACCUUCGCGGCCUUCACGGCACAUUCAUCGAGCCAGUCAGCAUGUCCACCUCACGCGAGCUGAUACCUCUUUUCGGCGGUAGCAAACUCCCAAUGAACAACGAGAUCCUAAUCCCCGGGGCCAUGUAUCUCAGCACCGACUCAUUCUACUCGGGGGGUUGGACACAUGGCCCGUCAUGGAGGAAGAAAAAGGACACGAUCAUAUGGCGUGGUAUGGCGUCCGGAGGGCGCAAUAAGCCAGAAAACUGGCGACACUUCCAUCGGCAUCGGCUAGUAGACAUGCUUAACGGUACAACAGUCGCCAGCGCCGAACACGGCCUGUCUGAGCCCUCCACAUUUGCCCUGCCGCCGCUGUCGCUGUAUGAUUUCCCUCGCAGGCGAGAGCAUCGACUGGGAGAGUGGCUUCGCCGCAUAGCCGAUGUCGGCUUUACAAGGCUCAACUGUAUCGACGGGGGCAGGGACUGCGACUAUGUCGCCCCUUACUUUAGUCUGGUCGAGCACAUGGAAAUGAAGAAGCAAUAUGCCUUCAAGUUUACCCCUGAUGUAGACGGAAACAGCUUCAGUGCACGCUUCCGCGGGCUUCUCCUCUCGACUUCUCUGCCAAUCAAGGCUACCAUCUACGCAGAGUGGCACGACGACCGUUUAACCCCUUGGCUCCACUUUGCGCCAAUGGACAACACUUUCCAAGACAUGUACGCCGUAUUGGACUAUUUCACCAGAGACAAGAAAGGCGAUGCCGCGGCUAGGUUCAUUGCUGAGACAGGAAAGAAGUGGGCCGAGACAGUGCUUAGGCGUGAUGACAUGCUGCUGUAUACCUGGAGAGCUUUGCUGGAAUUUGCAAGAGUGUGUGAUGAGGACAGAGAGAUGCUAGGGUUUGUGGACGAUCUGGUAUAAGUUCAGUACUUGGAUGGUAUUGCACAGGACGAAGUGAAUAAUAGUUUUGGGAUCUUUCAUGAGCGAGGCGUUUUACAGGAUGCUGGUCUCGGAGAAAUUCGGGGAUUUCGGAAUCAAAUAAAACAAGACGUGACUGUCCUUGCAGACAGAUAGAUGUUUUACCAUUCGAUUCGAUGCUGUCUAACUGUUCUCAAAAUGACAAAGAGAAAGCGAAGCGAUGUCCCAAA